AUGGUGGAGGGCGAGGACGGGAGCAUCGUGCGUGUCUACGGCUCCGACAGCUGCCCCAUCGGGUGGUGCAUCCACGUCUCCCUCUUCUACAAGGCUGCGACGCCCUUCCACUUCAUGCCCCGCCCCCAUGAGCCGACUCCCCCUAGUCACUUCGUGCUUCGCCUCUCCGUUGUCAGCGUGGAGGUCUAA